AUGCCUUUGACUUUUGUGACCUCGACCCGUGGACAACCGAUGCUGUGCCUCCAGGGCUACGUUUUCCGGAAAGAUAGGCAAACGAACGAACGAACUACAUGGCGGUGCGUCGAGAAAACUUGCAAGGCUCGUAUAGCCACCGAGGAUGAUUCGCACGGAGAACCACCAAUGCAUACCCAUAGUCCCGAUCCCGUGGAUAUCAAAGUGAGAGGCGUCUUGAGUCAGCUGCGAGAAUCCGCAGCUCAGCGUCCGAGCGCGAAACCGACAGCCCUUGUCGCAGAGGUAGUCGGCAAAGUCGAAUCGACCGCAACUCUGGGAAAGUUACCGAAACCUGAUCUACUUAGGCGUCGAGUCACCCACGCUCGAAGGCGAGCGGGUCCAGGCCUCCCGACUAAUCCUUUACGCCGGGAAGAUUUGAUCAUCCCACCUUUCCUGAAGGUGACGACGAAGGAUGUAUCGUUCCUCUAUUACGACUCGGGCGAAGGAAGAAGCGACAGAAUCAUAGUCUUCGCGACGCUUGCGAACCUCUCUUUACUCAAAGAGAGCAACGAAUGGUUCCUCGACGGGACUUUCAAAGAUUGA